AUGUCUGACAAUCCAAGCCGCGUCCUUUGCCCAGAGACGCAAUUUGAUGAAGCCGAGCAUCUGGAGCGACCGCCUCCAGUGGCCAGCGUGGCCGUGGAUUAUUUGCUUUGGGUUCGCAAUCUGAAGGAAUCCGAUUAUCCUCACUGCAAGGUCCUAACUCCGGGCCGUACGUGGACGGUCAUCACGCCUCACGGGAGACCUGGCAAUUUCCUGCGUGAGGCCCUUGCACGUGGCGACCUCAAAUGGCAGGCUUUCUUAUCUGGACACGCAAGGUACGGUCCGAAUGUCCUCAUUGACCGCCAAGCGGAAUUCAAUGCAUUUGCGGAGGCGUCAUACGACUUGUGGCCCAACCAAUGCCUAAUUAAGGCGAUCAUGUGGAAGCCUGUUGAGCCCAAGGAUAAACCAGCCGAUGCAAGUCCCGCCACACGAGCCCGCCCAGGAGAUACCAAUGAAGGUGCAGUGCGACCGGGGCCUGCCUUGGCCACCUCCACAGCCGUUCAGCCCGCCAGAGGCAGCAAGGGCUGUCCAGCCAAAGAAGCCAAACCCUUGGAUGGUACUGAAGGAGUAACGCAACCCGUGCCAGCCUUGACCACCUCAAAAGCCGUUCAGCCCGCCACAGGCUGCAAGAGCUUGCUGGGAAGUCCCGCCAAAAAAACCCAACCUGGAAGCGCCAGUGAGGGGCAAAAGCAACCACUACUGACCUUGUCCGCCGCCAAAGCAAUUGACGUCUUCAAGGCAAGUCCCGCUAAACGAGCCCACCCCGGAGACGCCAUUGAUGCCACCCGCCCGGCGCCAGUCAAACACAUCCGUAGGGCCGCCAAGCCCCCAAUGGAAGUCAAGGAUGUGUUACCGGGGCCGCGCGGCGAAGGCCCCAGAGCGGACAGCGAGAUUCAAGAGAUAGAAUUCCUCUCCGGCCCAGCCCCGGCCCGAGGCGCGGGAUCCUCACCGAUGGCCCCUGUUGAAUCGCUCAUUGAUCCGCAAAUGCCUCUCGGGCCCGAGCCAGAAAACUUGGAGGCCAUCAGCAUGAAGACGUUCCUUGCGCAGGCUCGCAUCAAACGUGGCGACAAAUGGACGCACCACUGA